AUGGCGCUCCAUUUUCCCGCGGUGGGCACUAGAGGACUCCAUACGAGGGAAGAUCUGAACACAUAUCUCGACGCGUUCAAUCAUGACGACUACGAUACAUAUACACGAUAUUAUCACGAAAACUUCAGGAUGAACAUUGAGGCUAUUCAAGAACGUGACAUUAAUGGUUUUGUCAAGUGGGCAACGCAUACUCACCAACACGAGGUCGCAGAAGAGGUUGUUCCUCGCAAAAUAAUCUUCGACAAAACUGAAAAAUUUGUGGUCAUUGAUUCUGUGGUCAAAUUCCGGGGUCGGAAGAGCUACGUUAACGAGAAUUGGAAUGGUCUAGGACCAAUACAGGAGGGAACAGGCCCAGAUGUGCGUAUGGUCAUCUUUUAUCGUCUCGAUGAUCAAGCCCGUGUACUGGAAAUUGAAGCUGCGAUAGCUGGGCCAGUCCCUAAGUGA